AAUUAUAAUCUGUAUUAGUUUUUCCAAAGCUGUAUAACAUUUCAAACUCUCAAGACCUCGUCCUCAAGGGCUGUUUCAGGCUGGUUAUUUGCCUCUAGUUCAAGAACACGAUGGAUAAGCUAACCCAAGAGCAAAUUGAAGAAUACAGGGAUGCAUUUCAACACUUUGACAAGGACAGCAGUGGUUUCAUCACCACAAAAGAACUUGGAAAUGCCAUGCGCUCCCUGGGCGAGAACCCACGUGAGGAAGACUUGCAAAUGAUGAUUAACAGUGUGGACAUUGACGGUAAUGGACAGAUGGACUUUGAAGAAUUCGUUAAACUGAUGGUGGCAAAGAAUCAGUUCUCCUUCAACGAGGAAGAAGCGAAGGAAGCAUUUCGUAUCUUUGAUCGUGACUGUCGUGGUUAUGUCAUGUCCGAUGAGCUGCGACAAGUCUUUCAAACUCUGGAGGAAAAGAUUCCUGAACAUGAAAUCAAUGACAUGCUGCAAGAUCAGAAGCACCAGUUUAACAGGAAGAUCACUUUCGAUGAUUUCGUUCAAUUGACUAAGGAUGGAGUUUGUCCCAAGGAGUCAAAACAGAAAGAACGCGAACCAUCACGCGGCCCCAAAUAUGCUCGGAGAAGGCAAAAGUUUUAUAUUUACAGCUAAAUCGAGUUAUUAUAAUCAGUACUUUGUGUCCUGUUACACAAUGAAUUAAAGCGAGUCAUAUAUUCGGGUAUAUUAUUUUAUCAUGAUACACCGCUCUCUUCCAUGAGUCU